AUGUCUGUCAAAAGAGCCAUUACUGCACUCCAAAAAUAUUAUCCUAUUAGAUACGCAGAAAAUUCAUGGGAUAAUACAGGUUUAUUAAUUGAUUCAUUAAAUACUACAAGUUCAAAAAUUUCGAUAUUAUUAACUAUUGAUUUAACAAAAUCAGUUGUUCAAGAAGCUCUUGAUAAAAAAAUUUCAUUAAUUAUUGCAUAUCACCCUUUCAUUUUCAAAGGUAUUAAAAAAAUUGAACCUUAUUCAAAUCCACAACAUGAUUCUUUAGUUAAAUUGAUUCAAAAUGGUAUUAGUGUUUAUAGUCCACAUACUGCUAUAGAUGCAGCAAAUGGUGGUGUUAAUGAUUGGUUAAUUGAUGGUGUUACACAGGGGUUGAUUAAAGAAAAAUCAAUUAUAAUUCCAAAUGAUGAAGAUCCAACAACCAUUGGAAUGGGUAGAUUUGUUAAAUUAUCCCAGGAAUUAACUUUAUCACAAUUAAUUAACAAUACAAAAUCAUUAUUAAACUUGAAAUAUAUUCAAUUAUCAAGUUUAGGAUCCAAACCAGAAGAUAAAAAAAUUUCCACGAUUGCAGUUUGUGCAGGUUCAGGUUCAGGUGUUUUCAGUAAAUUGAAAACCUCUGCAGAUUUAUAUAUAACUGGUGAAUUAAGUCAUCAUGAAUUAUUGGCAUUAAAAGAAUCAGGAUCAAAUGUCUUGAUUGUUAAUCAUAGUAAUAGUGAACGUGGAUAUUUACAAAUUGUUAAAGAGAAUUUGGAGAAAGAAUUACAAGAAUUUGAUAUAAUCAUUAGUGAAACUGAUAUUGAUCCAUUACAAGUUGUAUAA